AUGAGCGACCCGUUCUAUCUAGCCGAUAUUCUCCUGGGCCGCGUGGGUGUGCUGCGCUCAACGGCUGAAAGCAUUAUCCUAGAAUUGUGCGAGGCGCGAGUCAAAUUAGAUACCGGCCAAGCUUCUGAUGAUGCAUUGCGCCUUACCAUUAAGAACAAACUGGAACGCGUGCAGACCAAUUUGAAGCUUUUACGCAAGCUCGUGCCCGAAUUUGACGGCAAGACGAAACCCAUCGAGAGCAUCAACCAGACGCAUCGAAACCUCCUGCUUGAGUACCACUGGAAAAAUCAAGUGCAGGACAUGGGAUCUAAAGCGCAGGCCGUGUUUUUAGAACAACUUGGCGGCACAUUUCCUCGUCUUGAAAUGUUAGGCGACGUACGCUGUCCGCCCAUCCCCAGCAGUUUCUUUGUGCCCAAAUCACACAAGCGCAGCCGGGUGUUUGAUCCCUUUGGAGAGAAACAACCGGCUACGCUCAGCGAGAUGAUGGACUACAUGAUGGCCAAGAACCGCAAACUCAAGUUUUAUAAGCAUGCUGAGACUACGCGCGGCGGUCGUCGAGUCAUCAAGUCCAUCAAGUGUGAAAUUAACAAAGAGGUGACGGUGCAUCUGUCGUUCUGUCCGCCAAUUCCGGAAAACGGACCAAAUGGUGAGACCGGUGUGGCUGCAAGUCCCAUGACGCCGUCUACGCCAACAUCCCCAGCAUUUGCCGGGGGACGUCUGCGUAGCACUCGCAACAAGCACAAAAAACAGCAGCAACAGCUUGUGAAAAGAAAGAAAGGCGACAUGCUUACGAAGGCUAAGCUCGCCGCUGAGGAAGCUACCAAGAUGGAGAUGGAGGAACUCAAGCAACGUAUUACCGAGGCGCGCGAGGCUAGCAAGGAGCAGGAACAGGCUCGAGCUGCAGGCCUGCAGGUUACCAAGUACAUCCAGCGGCUGUCCAUCUUUCCAUACAACGAGAUUUCUCCUCUAGGCGCAUGGUCAGAGUCAUCGCACAACCUUUUCCGUCUUAUCACGCUCCACGGGCGAAAAGCUCUGGACCAUUUUCGCAAGCAGCAUCCUGAAACGUGUUUCUACCACCUUUUACAUGGCUCGGCUUCUACGACAAAAUUUACCAGACACCAUGCUCAUUUUGCAAGAAGCUACUCGCAAAGGAGAGUGAAGAGUGGGCGUAUGUGCCUCCGUCCUUUCGUGACUACACCAACGGACAAGCUUUACACUCCAAAUGUUUACCCAUUGAGUAACCAAAAACCGUUGAAACUUUCAGCUAGCACCCUAAUUGGUCUUACUUUGGUAUUAAAGCAACGAAACACAAGGAGACUAACUCAUGUUGCACAUUAA